CAAAUCGAAAUGCCUCAACUUGAUAAAUUAACUUAUUUCUCACAAUUCUUCUGGUUAUGUCUUCUCCUCUUUACUUUUUAUAUUCUCUUAUUUAAUAAUAAUAAUGGAAUACUUGGAAUUAGUAGAAUUCUCAAACUACGGAACCAACUGCUUUCGCACCGGGGGGGCGAGAUCCGGAGCAAGGACCCUAAGAAUCUAGAAGAUAUCUCGAGAAAAGGUUUUAGCACCGGUCUCUCAUAUAUGUACUCCAGUUUAUCCGAAGUAUCCCAAUGGUGUAAGACCGUCGACUAUUUGGGAAAAAAGAGGAAAAUCACUCUGAUCUCUGAUUUCAGAGAAAUAAGUGGCUCAUUAGGAAUGGAGAGACAGAUUCUCUAUUUGAUCUCGAAGUCCUCAUAUAACACUUCUUCCAGUCGGAUCACUUGUUGGAAAAACAUAAUGCUCACACAUGUUCCACAUGGGAAAGGAAGCAUAAUAUCAUGAAAGCCGUCUGAUAAUCUUUCUAUAGGUUCCCCGAAGAGAAUGGUCUCAUCACAAAAACACUUUCUAUAUGUUCUAUUAUUUCGAGAUUCGAAGAAGCAAGCAAGUUUUUCAUAUAGUUGUUUUUGUGUAGUGAUCUCUGUUCAUGGAGAUCACGAGGCCACUGAUACCCGAAGUGGUUAGGUGGGAUAGAAGAGAGGGAAAGCGGGCUUCUAUCACAUAGUUU